ACAACGUUUCCAAUACAAACCCUCUACAAUCAUCACACACCCCAUCCCAUUACAUUUCGGAUUUCGCUACAUCAAAAGACAUCGCAGUUAGUCAAAUUCCGCACUCUCAUUCUUUUAUCUGUUUCUUCAAAUCCGGCAAUAAUUUAGCAUCCAAAAAGCCAGGAACAUCUGCCAAAUUUCAUGGGCAAAAAGGUCAAAUGGAGCUGGACCUCUGCUUUCGUCGGAGCCGCAGCAGCAACGGUCGCCACGGCUGUUUUCAGGGCCAAGCCCAAGGAUCCUACAUUCCACUUGCUUUCAAUCAAACUCAACUCUUUUAAGCUCAAGUUACCAGUCGCCGAUGCCGAUCUCAUCCUCACAAUACACGUCACAAAUCCUAAUAUCACUCCCAUCAACUACUCUUCUACUACCAUGUCCAUCUUCUACGAGGGCUCACUCCUCGGUUCUGGUCCUUUGAAAGCUGGAUCUCAGCCGGCGAGGUCCUGCCAGUUGCUACAAAUCUCGGCUCGGCUAGACGGACUGGAGCUGAGCCACCACGCCGCUAAGUUUUUGGGUGAUGUGGCCAAGAGAGAGAUGAUGCUUGAUGCUAAGAUGGAUAUCACGGGUACAGCGAAGGUAUUGUGGCGGGAUCAUAAGUUUAAGGUACACGUGGACAGUCAUGUGACCGUUGAUCCAGUGUUUCUUGAUAUAAUUGAUCAAGAGAAUAAAUCUCAAUUGAAGCUUUUUCUUACUUGAGAAUUGUAUUGAAUGUUGAAUUAGGGUUUUAAUGGCUGAAUAGUACUUCAAUUCAAGGACUUAAA